AUGGAUGGCGCUUCGCAUAGUCGAAGGCGCUCUGAUCAUAAUAUAUCAUAUAAUCAAUCUCCUCAACACAGAUACAACAAUUCUGAAAGAAUGGACUUUGUUGGAAUAACUAUAAGCGACGAUUAUUCACAAAAACAACUCAACACAUUACCCAUAAUGAAUAAUACUUCAUCACCUUCGCAACAAAAACAAUCAUUACCAAUUAAUGUACAACGUCAAAAUUCAUAUCCCCCAGUUCAAAAUUCUGUUCAACAGCAAGAACCACCAGAAGGUCAUAGUAGACGACGACUGGAUAAUUAUGUUUCAAAUUCACCGUCUGGACAUUAUACUGUAUUACCCUCUUCUCAGCAUCAAAAUGUUCAGCGUCAUCAUCAACGGUCUUUGUCUGGACACCAGUCACAGCAGUCUUCCCAGAGUCAAUCAUAUUCACAGAUUUCUUCAUUUCAUCAAACACAUCAAUCUUCUCAUAUUAAUUCUCGUCAACAUCAACGUCCUCCACAUUCACAACAACAAUCUAGUGGACAACAGCCCCCACCUCCAUUACCGAAUAAACUUGCUCCUCCUAUACAGACUGGUUUUCAAGUGACAUAUUCUCCGAGUUCUCAGCCUCCAUCACCGAACGCUUUUCCAGCGCCACCUGCUUUUUCAGUAGCUGCUUCCCCGAAUAAGUCAUCAUCUCAACAAUUAAACCAAUCUCGAACAGAUUUCGGCAGCAGUAAAUCAGAAUAUCGACCUACCGCGUUUCGACGAGUUCGAUCUAAAUCAGAUUUACGACCUCAACCAGCACGUCGAGUAGAUCUUACGAAAGGCGUUGUCAACCCAUUAAAAGCGUUGACUGUAAACUUAACGUUAACGUACCAGAAUAUCAAUCCUCAUUUCCGGUACGACCUAGCUUAUAAUCCACGUCGCGUAUUAACAAAACCAUCAAAAGGUGUUAAAAAUGAUGGGUUCGAUAACGAGGAUUGCGAUUAUAUUUUAUAUGUGAACGAUAUAUUGGGUAGUGAAGAAGGACAAAAGUACCUAAUACUGGAUAUUCUAGGCCAAGGAACAUUUGGGCAAGUUGUAAAAUGCCAGAAUUUGAAGACAAGGGAAAUUGUAGCAGUAAAAGUUGUAAAAAAUAAGCCUGCUUAUUUUAAUCAGAGUAUGAUGGAAGUGACUAUAUUGGAGUUGUUAAACCAAACAUGGGAUAAUCAAGAUCAGCAUCAUAUUUUACGACUUUUGGAUACAUUUAUUCACCGUCGACAUCUUUGUCUCGUGUUCGAACUUUUGUCCGUUAACCUUUAUGAACUGAUUAAACAAAAUCAGUUUCGAGGACUUAGUACGAAUCUUGUCAGAGUUUUUGUCGCUCAAUUACUGGAUUCAUUGACGAUUUUAAAUGAAGCACGCAUAAUUCAUUGUGAUUUGAAACCGGAAAAUGUGCUAUUGAAAAAGUGUGUGAAUCAUCCGUUAUAA